AUGGGCUGCAAUGAUAGCCAGGAUGAAAACAGCUACAAUGGGCAGGUAUUCAGUGAAAAAGCCUAUUACCCCGUGCCGUGCGAGUCGAAAUUAAGCUACUCCAGGCGAAACAAUAGCGCGCUAAUUAUAAGAACUGAUUUGCUGGCAUUAAUUGUAAAACUUACAUCCCCAGUUGACGCUAUCGACUAUCCGUUUCUGUCGGACUUUUUUCUGUCGUAUCGGAAGUUUCUAGUGCCCGCUGAGCUACUGGAUCUGCUGGAAUGCCGAUUGCAGUGGGCCUUCGACGAGUGCUUGUGUGGCAAUGCAGAGCGUGAAAAGAUCGGUCAGAUCGCCUCAGUUCGUACUUUCGUUGUGCUCAGACACUGGAUUCUCAACUAUUUUGCCCAGGAUUUUCUCACGGAUGCGCCAUUGAGACAGCGCUUCGUCAUAGCCAUAAACGCAUUGCAUUGGCAAGAUGCCAAUCCGGUUCCUAAGCUGAUCCAAGGCAUUGUUAUUAACAUAAAAAAAUCGUGGGUGUUCUGCUUGAAACUCAUGUGGGAAGACGUUGCCGCCAAUCACUGGCCACCAAACGCGUCAGAGUGGCUGAACUUCAAGAUUCGCGACAUUGAAUCCGACCCUCUUUCUAAUAAGGAUGGCAAAAGGUUAAGCUUCUAUGCAUUGCAAAGCUCCCAAAACCCAGAUUUUCGUAAUCGAAGCGUUCUGUCAUUAUAUGUUAGUAAGGAAAACUUUCAGCUGCCUGAGAAUAACGCACAACUGAACACCAAACUAGGUGCUAAACUCAAAGAACGGACCGCCAGCAUGUUUUUAUUUCCUCAGGACAAUCUACCCGCGGCUAAACUAAAAGCCAUUGGCGAACCAACAAUAGAGCAGAGCAAUGCAAAUUACGUGAUUCCGAGAAGCAACAGUAUAUCCGAUGUUAUGAAGGAUCUACAUUAUCCAGCCACCCCCUCAGUAGACAAGGUGAUACCACCAACACCUGCAAAAAAUGUUGAAUUUGUUCUCAGAUCUUCAUAUCUUCCCUCACAAACACUUUCGGAUGAUGAAAAAGCGACAGAUGAUAACACCCGGCGCAAAAAGGAUUCUCACUCAAAUACCGGGAUGAUGGGACUUCUUUCCAAAUGGAGACAUAAUCAUAACAUAAGUUCUGCAAACCAGAAGGCCAGACAACAAUCACCUAGCCUUGAAAUCGAAAACUUUAUCAAAUUGGUUUUUUCCAUUACCUCUCUGGAUAGCAAAGAGGACGAUGCCGAAAAACUGAUCAAUAAUGCAUCCUCUAGGUUUGACAUUUUGAGUGCAAGAACCAUUGAUGAGGUGGAGUACUUUGUGGCGGUGGAGAAUGAUCUUCUGUCAAAGAUAUCGAAUUUCGGAGGUCCCUUCGAUGUUCCAAACGAAGCACAUCAGAGCUCUUCCAGGGACGGCAAAGAAGAAGUGAGCGUCAUGGACAAUCUGAACCUUUACAAAACUGUCAGUUUUCUCGCAUCAUCCGUCAUCUCACUUUCAAAAACUUUACAACAUCAUCAAGUUACUUCCCCAUCUUACGCUGCCAGAGAAAGGCGCCGAGUCAACAGUACAGAUGGCUUCUUCAGAUCCAAUAAAUCCGCAUUCAAGGUUACCGAUGUUCUUCUUCGAUCAAAUACGAUAUCACCCGUGGCUGCUGACCGCCCCCGUAAGCUCGUCUUUCAUGGAGAAGGUAUGAGUCUUAAAAAAACAAUUGAUAUUCAUUCGAAGAAUGGCGAGCCCACUGGCCCAACUCAAGCGACCUCUUCAAGUCGGUCUACACCAAAUUUAGCAUUGUCAGUUGCCCAAACAAAAACAAACACUUUGAAUGACAGAAGUGGGGGAAACUCUCCAACUAGACUGGUGCGAAUUUCCUCAGACAUAGCUGAGGUUGACGACACAUUUUCAAGAAGUGACCAUGCUUCUACAAUUAAUACGACUGAUAGUGAAGUUCGAGACAGUAUUCACCAUUCGCCAGUUAUAAAGAGAAAAGAAGGGCUCCAAAAUCUACGCGAAUUCAAUUUCGAGGAAAACAUAGAUACUCAUGACAGCAAUACAAACAAACAAAUCCCUACAUUUCCCCAAAAUAUAGUAGAACCUCAAAAAGAAGAAAGAAAACCUCAAAAUAGGCUACUACACGAAAUUGAUCAUCUCAGUGACAAUGAAGACGAUAACUCAAGCUUUUUCACCUCUAAUGACGACAUUAGCAUACGGGAGGAAUCCAAACAUUUCACGCCCGCCUCUUCAGUGGCGCAAAGAUCUGUGACCAACAGUAGCGGGCGCAUAAGUAUUGUGGGAAGAAGAAGCCAGAUAGUCAGUCAAUCCAGAGCACUCACUCAAUUGAACUUUGUUAUGAAUGAUGAGACAUAUGUGAAGCUGGAUGGUGAAUUAAUGACCAAUCAAGAAGAAAUACGGCAUUUAGAAGAAAGAACUUCUGCUUUCAUGAUUUCUAGCAAAAAGAAUGAAGAACCAAAGUAUUCACAGACAUCUUUGGUCUCGUCAGUGCCUACCGAUCGCUUGUUUUCUUCUAGAAAUGCUAGUCCAAAUAAGAUCAAUGGAAGGGCGUCCACAAUAAGUGACUGCUUUCCGCCUGGUAACAAAAUUAUUCGUUUGUCUUCGAUACCAAGUAUACACUCAAUUGUAAGCGGCGAUUCAUUUUCAUCAUUUCACACCAUGGGCACUUUCGAGAAAGACUCGACGAGUAGCAAAAAUAACACACGUUCAGAAGUCGCGUCAUCUUUGCAGGCCAGUGAUCUGGCUACACAACCAAAUGACUCUUUGAUAGUUCCAGAUGCUACUGAAAGAGUGGGCAAUAAAUAUUUGUUUUCACCCGAUAGUGAAAGCUUGGACUACGCAUCUCCUGAAAAGAACGUGGAGGAUCUCAAAAACAAAUUUAUCAGCCCUGCAGGUAGUGAAACACAAUCUUUCAAUGAGGAAGAAACCAAAGAGGAAGAUGAGCGAAACGAGGAACAACAGCUCGAUGCUCUUUACAGGGAAAAGCAUCAAAAUGAACACCAUAGGCGCAGUAUUACGCCAAUUGUGUCCCCUUACAAGACCGUAGAUGGUAGAUUGAAUAAAUUUGCGAAGUUAACCGACGAAUCACUACAUGGUGAUCCUGUGAAUAUAACGUUGAUGAAACUUGAGGGUACUUUCACUUCAAAGGAUAAAGGGAAAAAUGACGAGAGCAUAGACAUGGAAAAAUUGAGACAAAGACGACUUUCAGGGUUAGGACCUAAAGAACGACGCUCUUUUCUGAUAGAGAAAAGACGGCGGGUAAAGAGCGAAAUACCAUUUACACCUCACGCUAAAGAGAAUGAUAAAGACAAUGGCAAGACCACGGAGGUCAAGAUCGCAGAACUUUUACAAAACUACAAGCUACAUGACACUAGACUGCAUGUUACUAAUGCUGAUCAGCAUGUUCCGUUCAUUUUGAUGUACGAUUCUAAAUCGAUUGCCGAGCAGUUGACCCUUGUAGAGAGAGAAAUUCUGAACGAGAUUGAUUGGAAGGAUUUACUAGACUUAAAAGUGAACCGUAAAGUGUUAUCGGUGACCAGCUGGCUACAGCUUCUACUCCAGAACGUUGACCUUUCCGGCAUUGAUUUAGCUAUUGCGCGUUUUAAUCUUACAGUCGACUGGAUAAUAUCCGAAAUUGUUCUGACAACUGACAACAAAUUGCGGAGAAACACAAUUCAAAAAUUCAUUCACGUCGCUGAACAUUGUAAAGUUUUUCAAAACUACAACACGUUGAUGCAGAUUGUGUUGGCAUUGAGCUCUUUGGUGGUUCAGAGCUUUAGAGACGCCUGGCGACUUAUCGAACCGGGCGAUGUUCUCACAUGGGAGUCCUUGAAGAACAUACCCUCGUUAGAAAAGAACUAUUACAACAUUCGGAUGCUCCUUAACGACAUUGACCCGAUCAGAGGUUGUAUUCCGUUUAUUGUCGUUUACUUGUCUGAUCUCACCCUGAACUCAGAAAAAAACAACUGGAUUGUUAUGAAGCAAGUUUUAAACUACAGCAAGUUCCAGACCAAUGUUCAAAUUGUGAAGAACUUCAUACAGCGAGCUCAGUGGUCGAAAUUCUACACUAUCAAGAUCAACGAGGAGUUGUUGAGCAAAUGCGUUUACAUAAGCUGCCUUUCCCAAGAAGAGAUUUCUCACUUGAGAGAAACAAAACAGUAG